AGAAGGGGGAGAGGUUCGGCAAAGUCCGGAACCGCUCGGCAAUGGCCGGAGGCGGCUGCUGAGGCGGGGAGCGGCUGCCGGCUCGCUCUGCCCCGUUCGGCGCAAGGGGCAUCGUGGGCUGGGCGCCGCCGGCUCAGCCGCCCGUGAGGGGAAGGGGCGCGAUGCUGGCCGACAGCCUGGUGGAGGAGUUCGAAAUCCGCGAGGAUGAGCCCUGGUACGACCAGCAGGACCUGCAGCAAGAUCUUCACCUUGCUGCUGAGCUUGGAAAGACACUACUGGACCGUAACACUGAGCUAGAAGAAUCCUUACAGCAAAUGUAUGCAACAAAUCAAGAGCAAUUGCAGGAGAUAGAGUACCUCACAAAGCAAGUGGAGCUCUUACGGCAGAUGAAUGACCAGCAUGCAAAAGUCUAUGAACAGCUGGAUGUGACAGCAAGAGAACUGGAAGACACUAAUCAAAAACUGGUUGCAGAGAGUAGAGCUUCACAACAAAAGAUAAUAAGCUUGACAGAAACUAUUGAAAGCCUACAAACACACAUAGAUGACCUGCAGCGACAAGUGGAAGAGCUGAAAAAGCCUGGACGGGGCCGGAUGAGCCAGGAGAGAUCUGAGCAGCCAAGAUCAAUGCACAGUUUCUCAUGCUUGAAGGAGCUGUACGACCUCCGCCAGUAUUUCGUUUAUGAUCACGUCUUUGCAGAAAAGAUUACUUCGAUGGAUAGUCAGCUAAGUCCUCUAGAAGAAGAAAAUGAGAAGUUGAAGAAGGCAGUGACAGUUCUGCAAGCCCAGCUGAACGUAGAGAAAGAGAAGAGGGUGACCAUGGAAGAGGAAUACAGUCUCAUGGUGAAGGAGAACUGUGACCUGGAGCGGAGGCUGGUCGAUACAGACUUGUAUCGGGCUCGGGCAGAGGAGCUGGAAGCCGAGGUAGCUGAAAUGCGACAGAUACUGCAGUCUGAAAACACACUCCAUAAUGCAGAGAAAUUGGUGCCAGAAUCCUUUUUCAUUUCAUUCAAGGAAUCUCUAGACAGGGAGCUCGGUCAGAGCCCGGCAGAUGAUGGACUUCUGGCAGUGUCGGAGCUUGAGAAGAAGGCGCUAAAACGGAGCAGCAGCGAAGGGCUCCUGAGCAGCGCUGCCGGGGCAGACAUUCUCAGGGGCCAUGAAGAAACCUGUAUCAGGAGAGCUGAAGCUGUGAAGCAGCGAGGGAUCUCUGUACUCAAUGAAGUUGAUGCUCAGUACAAUGCUCUGAAAGUGAAGUAUGAGGAACUUUUGAAGAAGUGUCAAAUGGAUGAAGAUUCUUUGAAACACAAGGCUGUACAAACACUGAAGCAGUAUUCCAAAGACCUAAAUGUGGGGAACACCCAGUAUGAUCUUUCAGCUAGCAAUCAAGAAUUCACAAUUGCUGAGCUAAGUGACUCUUCCACAAAUGCUCCCCCUGAAUAUAAAGCACUAUUCAAGGAGAUUUUUAGCUGUAUCAGAAAAACAAAAGAAGAAAUAGAUGAACACAGAGCAAAGUACAAGACUCUCUCCUCUCAGCCCUAACCUUAUCUGUUAGUCAAGAAUACACUUCAUAUGAAUGUCAGAAGACUCCUUAAACUGAUGUGUUUCUUAAGCACUCAAAAUGAAUGUUUUGGAUAGGCUGGUAGCCCUGUAGUUAACAAGCUAGUUAGUUAUCAGCUAGAUUCCCUGUUCCUGUGUAGCAGUAGAUUUAAUGUUUAGCACUGUCACACAAACCAGUGGUUUAAAGCAAAGAAACAUCAUAGCUUUCUGCUACACUACUACUUCAUUUUACACUUCAUCUCUGGCCAGAGCAGUGACUGAUACUUGUUUCCUUAGUCCACUUCAGAAAUAACAGAGCUAAGAACUCUGAAUCUCUCACAAGAACCUGACUAAAGCUUUCCUUUGGUUCACAGGGAUGAUCUAGCCCUGUGACUACACUGAUGGAGGAAAUGAACAAAAGCAAAGCCCCAACCAGUCCCAGGGGCAGCAUCUCCUCAGCUCCAGGAGGGGGGCAGUCCAGCUGAUCUUGCUUUGGCAGGGUGGCGGAAAGCUGUGCUUGCUUUAACCUAACACCAUGUUUUCACAAUCACUAAGCUCUCCCACAGAUUAGUAUAAAUGUCUUUCUACUAAGAAAGGAUUUGAGGUAAAGUUUGUGUGGCUUUUUAGAUACAAUUUCCUUUGUAGGGCACUUUGUCUUAAGGCAAGAUACUGUGAAUUGACUCUAUGUGUUACUUGAGACCUACGGUUCUCUGGUGGAAUGUCUGCAAAGUACAUUUUUAGAUGUAUUUGGUGAGUUAGAGAGUUGUUAUUUAGCUAUUUAACUUUAGACGUAGCCUUGACAUAGUGGAGUAGCUUUUAAUGUUGCAUACCACAAACUCUUAAGUGCUUGAGGAGACAGGCCAAGUAAAACCUUACAUUGUUUUGUCUGUUGCUUCCAGUGUUGGCCUCUCUUGACCUGUUCAUGCUGCCUGGGGGGUGGGAGGAUGGACACAACACUGCCAGCACAAAUCCUACUGAAAACGGGACCAUACUCCUGUUCUCCUUCUCCUUUUCCAUUCCCUAAUAGUAAUUGAUACAAUACUUAAUUUCUGAAAAGCAAUGAACAUGGAGAAGGUUGUUCUUCAGAACACAGAGAAAUGAGGAGGAAGGAGGAAAGGCACAAUGAAAGGUGACAUCCUUCUUGUAAAGGGUCUCAUGUGGCCAGCAGUUCUUGGGAAGCAGCUUCCUGCCGAGUUGCUGUGAGGUACCAAACCCUUGACCCAGACUGCUGACAGUUUCUCAGCUUCAGUCCAGCUGCUGC